AUUACAAGAAAGCGACUAACCGAACUAACUGCACUGCACUCAAAUACCAGUCAACAGUUUGACUGUUUGCUGAUGAUGCUAUCAUCUACCUCACAGUUCAGUCAGAUGCUGAUGCUGACCAGCUGCAACAAGACCUCAACAAACUAAGUGAGUGGACCAGACCAAGAUUAAAGAUGAAGAUCAGAUGAUGAUGAGAUGGAAAGCUCCUCCUCUGUUUGCCAAGCAGAGAAGAGCCCCAAGAUGACUAGGAAAGAAAAGACUGCUUUACGACAUCAAAUGUUGAUAGCAGCAAAUAACGACCGGCAAGGACGCGUACCACGUGUGUGCAUAGAUCUCAGUCUCGGUCAUCUAAUGAAUGAAAGGGAGCUGAGGAGCCUCGUUUGCCAGAUCAGACAGAUCUAUGGAUCCAACCGAAGAGCCGAUCAUCCCAUGCAGAUUUGGCUAACCAGUCUGGACACAGAGGGCGACAUUUAUAAAACAUCCCUUCGAAAGAACGAUGGAUUUGAACUCUAUGUGAUGAACAAGACAAGUCAGCAUUACAGUGCAAUAUUCUCCCAGGAAGAUGUCAUAUAUUUGACCCCGGAUUCUCCAAAUGUUUUGACUGAAAUAGAGGCUUGCAAGGUGUAUAUAAUCGGUGGACUGGUGGAUGAAUCAGUCAUACCUAAUGCAACCUUUGACCUUGCAAAGGAAAGAGGCUAUGAUACUGCCAAGCUACCUAUAAUGAGAUGCAUGAAGCAUGCUGAGAAAGGAACAUUUAGCACAGUUCUUGCCAUAAACCAAGUGUUUGAGAUCUUGCUGAGGUAUUACAAUGCCGGAAGCUGGGAAUCUUCUGUGGUGUCCGUAAUACCGAAGAGGAAAGGGUUCAUUCCAAGGUGACAGGUCAGAUGUACCUUAAGCAAGCUGCCAAGUUCCUUCAAGAUUGAAAAAAAACUUUUUAGAUAUGUGACGGCACAUAACAACAUGAAUACCAGUUGUGGUGAAUGAUCUUUCAAUGAGUUUGAACAGAAUCCGAUAAAAUGAGGACCCAAGUGUUCGUAUGUAUGAUAAAAAAAUGUGCCAAAUGAUUUUGGUAGAAAAUGAGUAAUUACUGAGAAAUGAGCGAAAUAAGCAUGGCAAUCCAUCCAGGCGUUGAUCUUUUUUCAGUGUAAUAAAAAAUGCACUGUCCCACAUGUGCUUAUUUGUGUUGUUUUUCAGCAUAAAUUUAAUAUUUCACAUAUUAAGAUUUAUGUGAAUGAACCAGACAAAGAUUUACACUGAUAUGGUGACAAUGACAAGCUUACAGGUGGAGGUGGAUGCCUGGGACCUUCCAAAAAUUUUCAUGACCCCCCCCCCC